AUCUACAGUUAUAUCGUAUAUAAAAUUGUUAUUAUAAUAAAUAACUAGUUAAUAAAAAGUACAUUUAGAUGCCAACUAAAUACAGUUAUAAUUGAGUGAAUAGUGUACUCAGGAUUUCCCUAUAGUGUACAAUGCAUUGGAGACGUGUUCGCUGGCAUCCAAUGAUAGCUAUAAUUACAUCAACCGAAACAUCCUUUAAGAACUCCAUCGGAAGGAUGUCUCGACUUUUCUAUACUUACGGGAAGGUCUGCGCGUCUCAUCCGUGCGAAGUGAUGGUCGCCUUCUUCUCACUCCUCUUCAUAUCCAUGUUUUCGAUGGGCUCUCGAGUCCUCAGCCAAACAAAUACAUACUCUUCCGGUCAUUGCCUUAAAAAUAGUGAAUGCUUUGAGAAAUUAGAGCUGAAAAGUGCUGAGAGCUUAGCGGAUACGAUAUUAAUGAUAUCGAGAUGUUUAGCGGUUUUCUAUAUCUACCACCAGUUCAAGAAUCUGUACAGUUUGGGAUCCAAAUAUUUGGUCGGAAUCUCGGCCCUAUUCACUGUAUUCUCGAGUUUCAUAUUCUGUUCGGCCGUCUUGUAUGCAUUGAAUGCAAAUUACUUUGAGUUAAACGACGCUCUGCCCUUCUUUUUUCUCUUAUCCGACUUAUCGAAAGCCAGUUUAUUAGCGCAGUUCGCCCUCUCCUCCAAUACCAGAGAGGAAGUCAGUGAGAAUAUCGCGAGAGGAAUGGCUAUUUUGGGGCCGACAUUGACUUUGGAUACGUUGGUCGAGACGCUAGCAAUAGGUGUGGGAACGGUCUCUGGUGUGAGUAAACUCGAAGAGAUCAGUUGCUUCGCGUGUAUAUCCGUUCUCGUCAAUUAUGUCGUCUUUAUGAUCCUAUUCCCCGCCUGUCUUUCACUGGCAUUAGAGUUAUCACACAAUCGCGAAGAUAUCGCACCCGUUUGGCAGUUGAGUUCAUUGACUAAAGUCUUGCAGUUAGAGUCGGAAAAGACACCAAAUCCAGUGAUACAGCGAAUCAAACUGAUUAUGUCUGCGGCCCUAAUGCUUGUGCACACACUUAGCCGAUGGCCUAUCGGUGCUGAUUCUGAUUCUUCCUCUUUGGACUCCACUUUCAAACACUCCACUCAUGACUUCCUUAUCGAUCGCGAGCCAACAUUCGUAGAGACUUUGUUCAGAAAAUAUUUGACUGUCUGUUCAGAACAGGUAGUGAUGAUCGGCCUGGUAUUCGCACUGGCAGUCAAGUAUAUAUUCUUCGAGAAUAAGGAGUAUUAUAACGAACACAUUAAACAUCAAUACAAACAUGAAAUGCAGCAAAAUUUGAAGACACGAAACACUGAAGAGAAUGCUGUUUGCAAACCAAGAAAUCUUGAAACGCCGAGCAUUUUAGUGACCGCUCAAGACUCGGACACAGAAUCCAUGAUUUAUGAGAACUCGAAGUCACAGAACACCGAAAAGAAUGUUAUCUCGAGAGACAACUCCGUUAAAGGCGACGCUUCUGAUGAAGAAAAGUCGACCACUUUCUUCAUUGGCGACGAUUGCUCUUCAGAUAUGAGUGAAACUGAAUUCAUUGAUCGAGAGGUUCAGACAGAGGAAAGUCGUAUCGGAUGUGACAUCAAGUCGACCACUUGUGAAGAAUCAAAAGAAAUCAGAGAUAUUCAGACUUUACUCGAGUUGUACAACAGAGAAGACGGCAUCAAUCAGUUGACGGAUUUGGAGAUUCAGUGCUUAGUAGAGAAUAAACGGAUCCCAUCCUAUAAAUUGGAGUCCAUUUUAGGGAACGCAGAGAGAGGUGUAGCCAUCAGAAGACGGAUUAUAGAGAAGUCGUCUCAAAAGAGCGGAAUCCUAGGAAAAGUGCCGUUUACUCAAUAUGACUACUCCCUUGUGUUAGGCGCCUGUUGUGAGAAUGUCAUCGGAUACAUACCGGUGCCGUUAGGUGUUGCCGGACCUUUGCUUCUCAACGAUAAACAAUAUUAUGUGCCAAUGGCUACCACUGAAGGCUGUCUGGUGGCCAGUACUAACCGCGGCUGUCGUACUCUUUUGUUGUCCGGUGGCGUCCGAAGUAGUGUUUUCGCGGAUGGCAUGUCGAGAGGACCGGUGGUUCACUUCCCGAGUGCUAUGCGAGCGGCAGAAGCGAUGAAUUGGUUGCAAGAAGAGGACAACUUUCAACGGAUUAAAACCGUUUUCGACGCGACGUCUCGUUUUGCGCGUUUGCAGCGAAUCCACCCGCGAGUGGCCGGACGCUACCUAUUCCUGCGAUUUGUUGGCUCCACUGGGGAUGCGAUGGGAAUGAAUAUGUUGUCCAAAGGCACCGAAUCUGCUCUCAACGAACUCAGAAAAGUGUUCACUGAUAUACUGGCCACGUGUCUGAGCGGCAACUUUUGUACUGAUAAGAAGGCUGCGGCAGUCAAUUGGAUUGAAGGCAGAGGCAAAUCAGUGGUCUGUGAGGCCAUCAUUCCGGCCAAAGUUAUCGAGAAUGUAUUGAAGACAUCGCCCGAAGCACUCAUGGAACUGAAUAUAAGCAAAAACCUGAUUGGAUCGGCAGUUGCCGGCACUAUAGGCGGUAACAAUGCACACGCGGCCAACAUUGUGGCUGCCAUUUACAUUGCUUGCGGACAGGACCCGGCACAGACAGUUGGCAGUUCUAAUUGCAUUACCCUGAUGGAAGUUCACGACAAUGAUCUGCACGUGUCGUGCACUAUGCCAUCCAUCGAAAUAGGAACCAUAGGCGGCGGAACAGUACUCCACCCUCAGAGCGCUUGUCUUGAGCUGUUGGGAGUGAAGGGUUCAUCGGAAAUAGCGGGCAGUAAUUCGUCUGAAUUGGCGACUAUAGUGUGCGCCACAGUCUUGGCCGGGGAGUUGUCUCUGAUGUCAGCCUUAGCGGCCGGCCAUUUGGUUCGCUCGCAUAUGAAGCACAACAGAUCCAACAUUAAUAUAAACGCCGAUUCAGUUCCUCUUUCAUCCAAUCUUCUAAAAAGUGUGACAAAUGGUUAGUCAAAGACACGGCGUAUCAAACAUUUGAUAACUUUUUAAAGUAUAAAAUAUUUUAUAAAUUAUUUAUAUUUAACAUCGACU